AUGUUAGCUAUUUAAAUUAACUCUUCUUCNGAAUAAGAAUAUUAUAAAAUAUUUUUUACUAAUUGUAAAGAACAAUUUUUUAAAGAAAUCCAAUAUGAAGUUGAAUUAUCUGAUUCUGAUAGAAAUAAAUUAGAAGAUACUUUUACAACAAAAAUUAUUAAAUUGAUUGGAGAUAUUUUAGAUGAUCUUAAAAAGAAGACAUCUGAAGGAAUAUUGUAUUAAAAAUUUGUUAUUGUUUUAGUUAAGAUAGUUUGAUUGCUAUUGAAUUUUUGUUGGAUUAAUAAAUUACUCAUAAAAAUAUUGUUAAAACAACUGAUUUAGACUUUCAAAUGCUUUUAUUAGAAAAGUAAUAAAGAGAUGAUUCAAGAAAAAUAUUAGAUAGAAUAACUAAUAAAUGGAGAUAACUUUAGAAAUUAUGA